AUGGCAUCGUCGGCGAAAACGCUUUCCGGUACCGCGAUCAAACGAGUCCACGGGGCUCUGCAAAUGUUUCCAUAUACCUCUUGCUACUGCGAAGAAAACGUUUAUCUAUUGGUUUCUGAGCUCGUUCGGCUCGGCUAUGCGUCUUCCUUGGACGAGCUUUUUGUGGUGUUUAUUAGCAAUCCAGCCAAACAGGUGCCCUUGUGGACACAACGGGCUGGUUUCGGAGCGAGUCACACUUCGGAUGGCGAUGGCAGGGGCGUCCAUUGUGACGGCAGCGGCGGCGCCCAUGACGAUGACGGCGACGGUGGCAAAGUAGACAGUGACGGCCAUGGAAGCAGGAAGGAUGGCGUGAAGGAGGAAGAGGAGGAGGAAGAGGAGGAGGAAGAGGAGGAGGAAGAGGAGGAGGACGGGGAGGAGGACGGGGAGGAGGAAGGGGAGGGGGACGGGAGCGAUGCGGACAGCCGCGGAGGAAGCGGUGAAGAAGGGCUGGUGGUGUGGGAUUACCACGUCGUACUCCUACAGGCACUACCGCCAUCCGGGCCACCGCGGCCGACAGCAGUAGCGGCAGUAGCAGCCCUGGCGGCGGGCUCCGAGGUCGCAGCAGCGGACCGCCCGCCUAGGGAUGGCAAGGCAGUAGCAGCAGCUGCUGCCGCUGCAGCCAAAGGGGCUUCGGGAAGCGCGACCCUUGUCUGGGACCUGGACUCGGUCCUGCCGUUCCCCUGCAGUCUUGAGCUGUACGCGCGACGAGCGUUGAAGCUGCCGCAGUCCGCGGGGCUGCCGGUGGCACCAUCAAUGAGCCUGCUGUCGAUGACGGCGGGGCUGUACGGCAUCGUACUGGACGAGCAACAGUUCUUGGCCAUGUUUGGUGUGCAUGGAGCCGCCGCCGCCGCCGCCGGUGGUGGUGGUGGUGGUGGUGGUGGUUCAUGA